CCACAUUUAUAUGUGGAUAUUCUUCAAAUUAUUUUGUCUUUUUUGAAGAUCACAUCUCUACAAAACAUUCAGUGUGGAACAUAUGGAGUUUAGUCAUCAUGAAGGUGUGAAACACAGUCAAUCACAAUAAAGAGGAGAAACAUAUCUCCAUUUACGUUUCUUGAAAAUUCUUCUCAAGAUCACAAGAAAAUUGAAUCAGAAGUCAAAAGAUCUCAUUGUUGAUAAAGAGUAUGAACACGUCAGCCUCUGAGAUUUAUGACUAUGAUUUCAAUUUAACCUGUGAGCAGAAUCCCAGUCCAGAGCUGCCCGAUGGGUCCAUGGUCUUGCCAGUUCUUUACGACCUGCUGUUUUGUCUGAGUCUACUAGGUAACACCACAGUUCUCUGGGUUCUCCUCCGGUACAUAAAGCUGAAAACAAUGACGGACGUAUGCCUUCUCAACCUGGCCCUUUCUGACCUCAUACUGGCUGUAUCCCUGCCCCUCUGGGCCCACUAUUCCCAGAACCUCGCAUCAUGCAAACUGACAACAGGAGUCUAUCAGGUGGGUUUCUACAGUGGGACUUUGUUUGUGACCUUAAUGAGUGUGGACCGCUACCUGGCCAUUGUCCAUGUUGUGUCAGCCAUGCGAACCAGGACACUUCACUAUGGGAUCACAGCAAGCAUCACUAUCUGGGUUAUAGCUGUCGUUAUGGCAAUCCCUCAGACGGUAUUUGCCUCCUUGGAGAUAGACGACGAUGACAAAAGCUUCCAGUGCCUACCACUGUACCCAGUGGACAGGCAACAGUUUUGGAAGAUGCUGCAAAACUUCAGUGAGAACACAGUGGGCAUUUUCGUGUGCCUCCCUAUUAUGAUUUUCUGUUAUGUACAAAUCCUUGUUGUCUUGUCCAAGUCCAGGAACUCCAAAAAGGACAAAGCUGUAAAACUGAUAUUUACCAUAGUGUGUGUGUUUGUGGUGUGCUGGGUCCCCUACAAUGUCACAGUUUUCCUUCAGACACUGCAGUUGUUUGAAAUCCUAAACACCUGCAUAGCUUCAAAAGCCAUCAACUCUGCCAUGGGCUUUGCUGAGAUCAUUGCACUGUCUCACUGCUGUGUAAAUCCAGUCAUCUAUGCAUUUGUAGGGGAGAAGUUUAGGAAGUCACUGGGCAAGGUGCUGACUAAACAAGUCUGCUGGAGGUACCAGAACAGAGUGGCUUUAAGCCACAGAGACACCACAGAGAAGGAGACCUCAAAUACACCUGUAAAAUCAGAUUACUAAAAAUGUUAAACAUACCUUGCUUCUGUGUUGUGGUGGUGGGUGCAUGUGUGCAAUGUAAUUUUUUGACAGAAAUGCAGAGACUACAAAGACAGCGGUGUGUGUAGUGUCAUGGGGGUGCAUGGUGCAUCUCAGAACUGUAGAAUGGUAGUUAGAUUAUUCCCAGUAACAAGGGAA